AAACAUAUUUGCAUUACUCACCUCAAAAACAUCUGCGGAUUUCUAUAAGCCUAAAUGAGUAGGGCAGACGAAGUCAUUCAGUUUGACUCAAGCCCUCGUAGGCGCUGUUGCCGGCAGAGAAGUGUUUCAUGAACUGAAAAGCACUGAACGCUUUCCUGGUGAGCGAGCCUGUUUCCCUUGUAUCUCUACGGAUACUUGUGCAAUCUUCCCAUUCCGAAACCGUUUUCGCAACAAAGCAGGAGUUUGUGAUUGUUUUCCCCGUGUCGUGCCGCUGAGGUUCACCGCAAACGACGACGCCUACACCCGAUAGGGUCGUCGCAUCUCCGGAGGUGGCCAGCGGUGAAAAGACAAUGGAGAGCAUGGUUGAAAAAAAACGUUCAGCAUUCUCCACCGGGUGGCAUCUCCCCUCUCAACUGAAGGCGAGACUUGGACUGCUGUUUCAUCAUGACUCGCCCAUACUGCUUUUGUCUGUUGUGCUCUCUCUGAUGGUUCUUGAACCACUAGUUUCUCUCGACUGUUCUGCAUGCCGGGUUUGCACAGCCCUGGCUGACUCCGUCAGCGGUCGUGAGACUGAUACCGAUUGGAGUGAUACAUACAGAUGGACUGAAACAGGAGAUAGUACCACAGUUGAAGGGAGCGGCGGUGUUACAGAAGUAGAAGAGGGCAACCCAGCUGAAGGGAACAGCGGUGCGAUAGAAGCAGAAGACCGCACUACGGUUGAAGGAUGCGGCGGUGCUACAGAAGUAUACGGCGGUACCGCGGAAGUAUACGACGGUGCCGUGGAAGUAUACGGCGGGGCCGCGGAAGAAAACUACACGAGUGUCGGCAAGCCGAUUGAGUCGCAUGCCGUCGAACCAUUGCGAGAACGGAGCACAAAUCCCAGCGUUGCCGCGCAUGUUUCAAGGAUCCGACACUGCGGACGGGCUCGUCCAGUAGUGGCUUCUGGAAUCCUUGCAGGCCUUGUACUUUCUGUCCUCCUCGGUGCAAUCGUUCUCAACUCGGGCAGAAAGGCGCAUAAAGCAACUACGCCAGCUCCAAGCAGGGUGUAAGUUGCCAACGGCACCGCCACGCUAGUCUUCAACUCUACCUGUACACAGGCACAUGGACGCAGUGCGACCAGUACUGUCGCCCCUACCCUAAUCACUGUGCUAUUCGGG